AUGUACGCUCUUUCACUCUACGGUCUUCUUCCCGUUUACGCGUAUGUAUGGGCGGUCAAAGCGUCCGGCGACUUCAGCUGCAAAUCGUUUUACACAACGUUCCCUUCUGGCUCCGUUUCAAAUACUGGUUCAGACUCGCUCUUCAAAGCCCUCAGCCCUCAGGAAACCUACGAGACUGGCGAUAAUGGACUCGUAAUGUAUUUGCUCAAACCUGAAGGAACCAUCAAGACCACUGGCAACGUGAACGACAAACUUGGUAAAGGCGCGACAAUCAACUCGACAGAAGUCUUCGUGCACGGAAAGGUAUCUUUCGAAGUUUCCGCCCCAACCGUUGCGGGCGUGGUCACCGCAGUAAUCCUCGUUGGCUCAGACUCAUUAGACGAGAUCGAUGUGGAGCUUCUCGGUGGCGACCCGGACCACUGGUCUACCAACGUCUUUGUUUUCCUUCCCGGCGAGACAGAACCGAUGUAUGGCAAGUACGCUUCUACCGAGCGCGUGUCGGACUCCGGCGGUAGUAUUGCUCAAAAGCAUACGUAUUCCAUAGACUACGACCCCGGUAGGAUUGUUUGGAGCAUCGAUGACAGGGUCGUACGAACACUCACGAAAGAACAAGCGGAUGAACGUUAUCCCACCCACCGUGUUCGCAUUCAGUUCGGUAUUUGGGAUGCGAGUGGCGAAGAAGGGACGUCUGAGUGGGCGAGAGGACCCAUCGAUUGGAGUAAGCAGCACGAGAAAAUCCCGGCGCACAUUCAUAGUAUGACACUGGAGUGUUGAGUUUGUAGCACGUUCUGCCUUCGGAAAUGUUUAUUUCACAUUGAAGGGUAUAUUGUAGUAUGUCAUUUGCGAUUGUACUUUAGUUGUACUAUUUAUUCUCCAGUGUAUCCUCAUUUCAAUUGACCAAUAUCGAGCUUCAUUGUCAUCAAUGGGU